AUGGGCUCGUCCGCGGAAGACCACCAUUAUCACCCUCAAGACAUUAUCUCCCGGACGAUGAAGACGACGGGGCUCACGGGCUCCGUCGGUCUCUUCGCAUCCGCUGUUCAGAACACCCUCGCUCGGCAGAACGUGGGACCAUGGGGAGUUUUCGUUCGUAGUGGUGGCACAAUUGGUAUUUUCGCCGCUAUGGGAGGUACCUAUGAGUUCGUGAAGACUUCGUCCGCCAACCUACGAGAGACGGAAGACGUUUGGAACGUUGCCCUUGGAGGUUUCUUUGCCGGUGCAAUCCUCGGUCUGCGAGCCCGGACAUUCCCCGCUCUUCUUGGUCACGGUGCGGCGCUGGCCACCGCAAUGGGUGCAUUCGAGUACACCGGCGGAUCAUUGUUUGGCUACAAGAAGAACCGUGAUAUUGAUGAAUUCGAGCGUCGGGAACAGCUGCGAACACAAUGGAGGACCUCCGGUGAGCAGACGCUGGCCGAGCUGGGUGAGGGACGAGGAAUUUACGGCCCCGGAUACCAAGAGAGACGGCGAGAGCGGAUUAAGGAGGCGUACGGAAUUGACGUCCCUACCGGUGCUCCCGCGUCAUAA